AUGCUUGAAGAGCUGAUUUGGUUUGUUUUGGUGGCAAUUCUCGUUGUGCUGUUCGUGAAUCAUUUCACUGCCUCUAGGAAACUGCCCCCAGGUCCUUUUCCACUACCGAUUAUUGGAAAUGUACACAAACUUGCUGCUAAGUCACGACAUAUUGACCUCAUGCAAUUGGAAAAACAAUAUGGCAACGUAUUUCGCCUGUAUCUUGGAAGCCAGCUCGUUAUAGUUGUCAGUGGUGGAGAUGCCCUUCAAGAAGUUCUUGUCCACAAAUCGGCCGACUUCGCUGGACGUCCGAGUAUCUUCACCGCAGAUGUCUACUCAAAGGGAUUGGCGAUCGUUCUGGCGGAUUAUUCAUCGGAAUGGCGACUGCAUCGCAAAGUCACCGUCUCGGCACUUAAAAUGUACAGUGCACGCGGAGGAAAGCCAGAGUCCAUCAUCACUAACGAGUUCGACUUUCUCUUGAAACGAGUCCGCGCCCGAAGCGGACAGCCUCACGAUAUCACCAGAGAGAUACAACUGGCUGUGACAAAUGUGAUAUGUGCAUUGGUGUUUGGCUCAAGAUACGAACUAGAUGACCCUGAGUUUACAAAUUUCUUGGAUAUUAUGCACGCCAUAGAAAACACGAUUGCUUCUGGAAGCAUAGUGGAUGUUUUCCCUUGGCUCAGAUUUUAUCCAUUCAAAUCCAUUCAGCUUUUGAGAGAGAAAUGCAAAGAGCGAGACGAGCUGGUUGGAAGAAUUUAUCGAGAGCAUGUGGAGGCGAAUAGAGUUGCAGCUCCUCAAGACCUGACAGAUACGCUAUUGAAGGCGAGGAAACAGGCUGAAGACGAACACUCAUCUGUUACAGGAUCCUUAACCGACGAGAGGCUCAUCAUGACUAUGGGGGAAGUCUUCUUGGCCGGAAUAGAUACCACUGCAAGCACCCUGUGUUGGGCGCUGUUGUACCUUAUUCACAACAAUGAGAUCCAGGAGAGGUUACACCAAGAGCUGGAUAAAGUCAUUGGCCCAGAUCGUUUACCGAAACUGCAGGACAAGAAGAAUCUACCGUAUCUGGAGGCCACCAUCGCUGAGACUCUACGUCUCUCGUCUCUGGCGCCCUUAUCAGCUCCUCAUAAAGCAACAGUGGAUACGACUUUACAAGGAUAUCAUAUUCCGAAGGGUACAACAGUAUUAGUUAAUCUGUGGUCCCUUCACCACGAUCCAGCAAUAUGGGAUAACCCCGACAAGUUUAUGCCCGAGCGGUUCCUCGACAAGGAUGGUAAGUUCGUUCCUCCAAAACAGGAUCGCUUCCUCCCAUUUUCAGCAGGGCGUCGGUCAUGCCUGGGGGAAUCGUUGGCACGUAUUGAACUAUUCUUGAUCUUGGCACAAUUAUUGCACAGCUUUAGAUUUGAGAAUCCGCCCGGCUACGAUCUUCCCACCCUAAAGCCCAACACGGGAGCUUUGUUGACACCACAGCCAUUUAAAGUGUGUGCUACCGUCAGACACGAUGACUAA